UCGGGAAUUGACCGUGCAAAGCGAAACUCCGGCCGGGGAUGACCCGACAGCUCCGGCGAAAUGACCCAAAUCGAUUUCUCGAAUUCUGAGGAUGAAGCCACUGGUUCUUCUCUCUCCCGUCCCCGCGUCUCCCUUCUCUCUCCGCCAUCCCCCGCCGCGCAGAGCGAGCCCCGGAUUCCCCACCACCCGUCUCUCUCUCCACUCCGAGACGAUUGCCGCAGGUGAUGCGGCUUCGAGGGCUGAAUACAAGCCUGGCGCGUUCGAUGAUCUGCUCCUCAAUCUGUUCCGCAGCAGGAUGGUCAAGGAGGUCGGAUGGGAUUCGGAGAAGCCGGGAUACGACGGACUGAUCGAAGUCGCCCACCGCCUCAUGAUGAAGGGCUCCAAUAACUCCGACACCAGAGAUGCAGCGGGUGUGUGUGAGGACAUGCUUAAUUUGUGCUUGGAAGAGCAAAGCCUGCAUCUUUUUGUGGUUUGCUCUCUCUUCCCUGUGCAUUUUUGUUCGGCUCCAAUGUGUUCGGAUUUUACGAUCGCUGUUCCCUCCGUUCCUGCUGGAGCUUUACCAAUUGCUCGUCGCGCCAGUAGGAGAAGGAAAGCUAGCUGCAAUGAUGCAAGAGUGACUGCACUCACUUGUCAAUGGCUCAUGGGAAAAUGCACGGUCAAUUCUGUCGACCUUCCUGAUGGUGCCUCUUGUCAAAGUGGGGUCUUUGUGGAGAGAUGCAAGUAUUUGGAGGAGAGCAAGUGCGUCGGGAUUUGCGUCAAUACUUGUAAGCUUCCCACGCAGUCUUUCUUCAAGGACUACAUGGGGGUUCCCUUGCUCAUGGAGCCAAACUUUGAAGACUACAGCUGCCAGUUCAAGUUUGGCAUUCAUCCUCCGCGGCCUCAAGAAGAUGCAGCCCUCAAGGAGCCUUGCUUGGAGAUUUGUCCCAACGCUAUCCGACGGAGAGAAGUCAUGCAGAACACUGAGUUAGGGCAAUGCCCAAAGGCAUGAUUGUGCACAUAUGCAAAAGCAAGCACUAUACAUAAUACUGAAGUGGAUUAGGAUUAACUCUGGAAGAAGUCUAUGCAUAUGGCAAUCAGCAGUUUCUUAUGACGAGAUUGAUGAUUGAAUCGGCCCAA